AUGCAGCGAUUACCGUUGCUAGCGCUCGUCAGUGCGUUGCUUGUUGGUGGACACCCAGCGGCGAUGGACCUCUGCGGCGAUGACCGUCAUGUCCUUGUUCCAAGAAAUUUCGAAAGUUUCGAAUGCUUGACCCAGCGGGAGGUACAGGAUCUAAAGCGCAGUGCCACCGUUCGACGGUUCGAUGCACAAACCCAAACACACUUCUUGCUUUGGACGCAACAAAAGCCUACGCCGCAGGAGCUGAAGAUUGGAGAUCUUGGAUCGCUCGCCAACUCAACCUUCGACCCACGGAAUCCGACGCGGUUCCUCAUCCACGGCUGGCUAAGCGAUUGGACCUCGGAUUCGGUGCACGGACUGGCUUUGGCGUACACGGCCAAGGGAGCGUUCAACGUGAUCGGAAUCGAUUGGUCGGCUGGAGCGUCUUCGCUCGUCUACCUGGCGGCCCGGUUCAUGGUGAACGGUGUGGCCGACGCCGUCGCCAGCCAGGUACGGGUGUUGCUCGCCGCAGGGCAGAAGCCAUCGCAGAUCGUGUUGAUCGGCCACAGCCUCGGAGCCCAUAUUGCCGGACUGACCGGGAAACGGUUCCGUAACGAGCUGGAGUUGGCAGCGGUUAUCGCGCUUGAUCCGGCUGGCCCGCUGUUCUUCACCGAUCAGCCCGAAGAGCGCGUCGAUCGGUCCGAUGCCCGUUACGUGGAAGUUAUUCACACCAACACGGAGCUGCUUGGUCAUCCUGAAGCGUUGGGACAGGCCGACUUCUACCCCAAUGGGGGUAGCGUCCAACCUGGUUGCUCGACUACGAGGUGCAGCCAUAAACGUGCGGUCGACUACUUCCGGAAAUCGUUGGAAAGUGCGAAGCCACUGUACGUGGCCCGGCGCUGCGAGACGAACCUGGUGAGUGCUGCGUGUGCUGGCACCGUGGGCAUUAUGGGAGGUGAUCUGGUCGAUCGGUUCAAGCUAAAGAACCAGGGUCUGUUCUUCCUUACGAUUGGAGACGGCGGCGGCGGCGGUAAUGUUGACGAUCAAUAA